AUGCAGCCAUGCGAUCUCAACGGCUUCAUGGACUAUCUCUACUAUGUGGAGCGCCGUGCUGAGAACUUACAGUUCUUUCUAUGGUAUUGUGAUUAUAUCGAGCGUUGGAGUCGGCUUCCGCCGCAACAACGGCAGCUGGCUCCCGUAUGGGGUCCGGUAGAGGCUGCAGAAGCCGCCCAGGAAGAAGCAGAAGCAGCAACAGCCACUGCCAAUGCAUCCGUUGUCGAUACGGUACCAAUACCUAAUUCAUCGAUACAUCUACCACCACCAACGGUCUCUGCCAACAGCAAACAACACGUCCUACACAGCCGAGGACCUAGCUCGAGCAGUAAUCGGAGCCAUGGUAGGCAUAAUCUCAGCAUCGACACCGGCCUUGCGGACUAUCCCUACGGAGCAAUUGGCCAGUAUAAACCACGGACCAACUCGGUGACCAGCACAGCGACGGCAACGUCUAUUUCCUCCAUGGCGAGCGUCUCCUCGCACCUCUCCACAUCUUCACGCGUGGCAGCUUCGAUCCACCAACGGUCCGAUAAUGCCAAGUUAACAAAUAUCCUCACAAUUCUCGAAAACCUUCCCGAGGCAACAGAACCCAUAUCAGCUGUCGAGGCACCAAUGCCAAAGCAUGGACCAUCCAGGUCUGGUGAGAUCAGCCCAUCCAUGGUGUUACCUCGUGGUGUUUCUUCACCACCUAUGGACUGGCAGGAGGUGCAGCCUGACUCACUGCAGCCGUUCCGUGACGAGCUUGGCCGUGUUGUUCGGCAUUAUAUUGCCGCCACGGGCGACCGUCCACUCCCUGACCUAUUUCCACCUGAGCGUGAUGCCUGCUUUCGAGCCGCAAAGCGCACCACCCACCCAUCCGCACUUCUCCCAGCCUUCUUAGCAGCCGAUUCGGCCCUCCGGGAACAAUCGUUCCCCAUGUUUGUCCGCAACUGGUGUGUCGGCAAUAUCGACAAGGGCUCACCGCGUCUGAUAUUUGUGCAAAUCAUGGCAUUGGUUUUGUUCCUUGUUGGUGUGGCUUUGGACAUCAUCUUGAUCCUGCUCGGGGGCAGUGGCAAGAGUAGCUCCUCGCCUUCCGGGAUGAUGGUAGACUUGACCAAGAGCCUUCCCCGGCUAACAUGCCUGGCCAUUUGGUGGCCGGCACUGACAGUACUGCUGGCGGCAUGGCGAAAGAUUGACUUGCUUCUUCACUUUCGUGGUCAGCGGCUGCUACGUCCAUGGGAAAUCGAGGACGACGACGAUGUCGACGGAGAUGACAACGAGGAGUCCCCUUCGCCCAUGUCUACCUACUCGAUUGAUCUGGAAAAGGAUAUGUCGGGACGGAGCGGCAGCGACAGCAGCAACAGCCCGAAGCGGUACCAUCGUGGCCACCGUCACCAAGCAUCCACCAGUUCCACGUCCAGCCGUAUCGAUCCUCUCCGCAAAGCUAGCCUUCAGGCCCUAGGCCCACGCAACGACCCUGACAGCGAACCAUGGGCCCGUCGGCAGAGACGGAUGUCAUUUUACCGCCGCCUGAUUUCUGAGCUCCGGCCGACAAGCAGUACCGGGCUAGGCAGCCGUACAGUGGCCGUGCAACAUGCAGGCGUGCGGGCGUUGCAGAACCGAGCUGUGUGGAGUGCUGUACUCUGGGCCGGUCUAGCGUCAAUGUCAUUGACCAUUGUUUCGCUGUUUAUUCCGGGGCCGGGGAUGUAG